AUGAAGACUACUCGCUUUUAUUAUGAAGACGGCCAGGGAAAAUUGGUUGAUGAGGAAGGAAACGAUGCGAUGGACUGGGUUGAGGAAGCUACUCCUUUUCACUUAAGAACUCUGACUCGUAUCACAGAGUAUUGUAGAAAGCAAGAGGAAGAGGGGGUUUCCUCUGAAGAUUCCUUGGGAAAUCUUGAUGCUGAUAUGGAGGAAGUCAUAGCUAUAGUUAAGAAGCAGAAAAGACUUCAUCACAAAUACUCAAACGAGCAAAAGCUCACUUUUGUGUAUUAUAACCGAAUUAAAUUAUUUAACACAGCUAAGUCAGGGUGCUUAGCAGGCGGCAUAGCCAAGAGAACAGCACAGAAAUGGGCCAAGAAACUCAAAGAGGAUAAGGAUUGGAACAUAUUUGAAAAACAAACCAAUUUGGUCAAUAGACUAAAACCACAAUUGGAUGAGAGACAUAAGGUUCACCUGUUAGAAUGUUACAAUAAUUGUCCACAAGCACAGGUGCUUGAUGCAAUGGAAUCACUCACUCAAAAAUUCUCUGAUCUGACUGUGAAGAAAAGUACUGUUCACAACUUUCUUAAGAAUGAGUGCAACCUUUCUUUUAAGAAGUUAACACACUUGCCGGUUGCUAGAAAUAAUUCAGAUAAGAUCCAAGCUCGUAAAAAUUGGGUCAUCAAGUGGACUGCUACUGAUAUGAAUUAUUUGGAAAACUGUGUAUUCGUGGACGAGUCUGCAUUUGAUAGAAACAUGAGACCUCCUAGCGAAUGGUCUGUAAAAGGAACACCCGCUAUUACGACCACUCCAACCACUAAAGCUGUGUCUCAUACUGUAUUAGGCGCCAUAUCAACAAAGUUUGUUGUUGCUAUAGAACUCCGUAAUCCUCAAGAAGAAAGCUCUAAGAGAAUUAAAAUUGUUCACAGUGGUAGUAAAAGAAAAGCACCUACUGAAAAAAAGAAAAAAUCUGGGGCCACUCGUAUCGCUGAAGCUUGCAAUAACAUCCCUCCCGAGCAUUUGAAUGCGUUUGCUCAACACUCUGGUAAUUGCUUUGAUAUCUGCUUGCGCGGAGACCCUUUAUAA